AUGUCUCCAACCAACCGUAUAGCCGCCGCUAACCAAUCUUUCCGUGAUCUCUCUGACAAGAUCGAACACAUCCUUGGGCAAGCCUGCCGGUUGCAGCUGGCAAAUCCUAAGAACCUCUCACUCGCCACCACUAUGGGGCAAGCUAUAACUGAAGUUGUCAUGACCCAUGGCACUUGGGUGACAGUAUUGUCACCAUUGAUCUUGUCGGCUGCUGCCAAACUACAGGAGCACGUGGACGGCAACAACACUGGGAUCAGUACCCCGCCUGUGUGGAUGCAGAUCCUAGGCGAUGAUCGCCGAAUUCAAGGCCAGCCCCUCUUCCCCACCACCAUCCAUUACCAAGGAGAAUCUUGGUCGCUGUCUCCUCAAGCUGGACCCUCCCAACCACGCCAUAAUAGCGGGGUCGAGGAACUCAGCGCGGCAAACGUGCCCGGGGUUCAAAAGCAGCGCGGCAAGUCCAGGGCUAUCAUCACCACUGAUGAUGAGCUUGAUGAGGAUGAGGUGGCACCACCGCCUAAUAAACCAACAGUUGCAGACCCACUGGCCCGAAAAUCCAGCCGUUAUGUUGAAGUCACCAGCGAGGAAGAAAUGGAUGCCGAUGAAGAGCCUGCCAUCCAGGUCGCGCUGAAGAUGAACGUCAAGACAAUCGCUAAUGUUUCAGGCACCGUCUUGACGGAAGAUGAGUUUGCUGAUACUUCGGCGCCCACAUGGGCUCCUCACUGCAGCCAAUGUGUGGCCCGCGAUCUCAUUUGCCAUCAGGGCUUCAACAAGAAUAACGGCCGGACAUUGAAAGUUUGUGCGCUGUGCAGCCACCUCAAGAUUCAUUGCGGUGGAAAAGGCUCCAAUGCUCCCCCAGCCAAAGGCAAGUCCUCGGCUGCCCGCCGGGCACAUUCUCAGUCCCGGCAGCUGCCCUUCGCCGAUGCAAGUCUAGAAGAUCCGGCUCCAGAGGCUGGCCUGUUGGUUGAGGAAGAGCCGGCGGGUCCUGCAACUACCGGGACGAUCCUGAGGCCAGCCGGCCCAUCAUCCAUCCUCCCGCCAUCCUGUGUUGCUCAUGAGCAGGAGAUGCAAGAGCUGAAGGUGGAAGUCGCCAUGCUUCAUAUGACCGUCGAGGCUCUGAUGGUGCAGGUGGUGGCAGGCAACCAGCAGCUACAAGCUGCCUAUAUGCGCUUGAAUGCGCAGGAUAUCCGCACUGAUCUGCUCACUGGCCAGAUCACCCACAUUCACCACCUCAUCGAUCCACUUUCCUUGGUCCCCCCCACAGAUCUCGCCGGUGAUGGGUCUGAUGACUUGGCUGCUGGUCCAGCCAAUGACAUAGAGGAUUCGGCAUGCUUGCCAGUCGCUAUAAAGACUCCUGAGGCUGAGGAAUCUCAUGCUUCUGGGGAGCCGGAAAUCUAA